AUGGCGUCCGGCGAAGUUGCGCCCAAGGCCGAGAUGCCCCGGAACAGCAGCCUGGAAGACCUCCGCCAGCUCUCACUCACGGAGGGCGACCUCCCGGAGGCCGACGCUGCGGACAGGCGGCAGAGCGACCCGCGCCCCCCCCCUGUGGACCCGCAGCCCCCCACAGUCGGCCCCAGCGCGUGCGGCUUUCCCUACCCUGUUCCCUACCCCUUCUGCCCGCCCGGAUUCGGGUUCGGCAUGAUGCCGCCCACGGGCUUCCCCUGCUGGACCACCGGCCCGCUGGCCGGCCAGCAGAAAGCCCAGGCCCGAUGCCAGCAGCAGCCUUCGCAGGUUCAAGCCUUCCCUGGUCCCAUCAUGGGCCAUCAGGGUGCCCACAAUGGGUCGAGCGAGGACAGGAGAAAGUCGCAGGCGGGGGAGGAUUUCGUGGCCAGCUGCCUGUUGGACAAGCCCGUGGAUGAGGUGAUGGCCGGGGCGGGAUCGGCGGAGGGGCGGUUGGAGCCCAGGGGCGGGACCGUCCCUCAAGGGACGGGCCAGGGGAGCCAAAGGGGGGAUUCGGAGGGGAGCGAAGAGAACCGUGCGUGUUCAGAGGGGACCGAGAAGAAGGUGCCUGUGGUGGCAGAGGGAGAUCAGCCCUGUGUUCUGCCGGACACAGAGCCAGGGAGAGCUGGAGGGAGGGGCGACAGCAACAAAGAGGUUUGGGCCAGGGAGGGGGAGGAGGCUUGCUUGCGGUCUGUGAAGCCAGGCACCAAAGUGUGCGAGCAGAGUGGAAAUUGUGGGGGGGUGAGUGCCGUUGGGUGUGCUCCUUCGAUGGCCGAGAAGGGGAGCUGCCUUGCAUCAGGGGUGGCUCCUGAGGGUGGCGCGUGCUGCGCGCCUUCAGGGAUUGAUGGCACCAGUGCCAUGGGCCAGCCUGUGGAUCGCUCGACCACAGAUAUGGAGGUGGAUGGAGAGAAAGUUGCGGUCACUGGGGAGCAAGAGAACCAAAACCGUGAUUCUGGCCAAGGAAAUGAUUCACACAUUGAUGCGGCCGUGGGGAAGCCCGAUGUCAAUCUUCUGCAGCGCUCCCCAGCCGAUGGGAUCUGUGCAAGCUCGCUUUCUGCCGUCACAGUGCCUGGCAGGCCAGAAGCAAACAACAGCUUGGCAGGUGGUUUGGCAUCUGAUCCGGCAACCCCCAGCGGUUGUGGACAGGAGGUGAUGGGCCCUAGCGGCAGCUCCAAGGGAACUGCCCCUGGUCAGCCCAAACCAGGGGUGCCCACAGCACAGGGGGCCUUCCCUGCCCUCCAACGGUCGCACACAAGUCCUGCCAGCCUGCUCACAACGCUGGCUGCACCAGGCCAGCACAUGCAGUCCCAGGCAUGCCCGCUUCCAGCUGGACUGCGGCAGGCAGUGCUGCCGAUUCCCGGUGCUGGCUCAGGGGUGCCUGCCCCGAUGCCCUUCCCCGGCCUCUUUCCAGGCCAGAGCAUGCCACCUUGGUACGCCCCCUUUGGGCCUGGGAUGCACAUCCCUGGGGCUGUGCCUGGGACGUGUGGCUUUUACCCAAACCCUUUCGCGGGGCAGAUGCCACAGGUUGGGGCGGGCGUGGCGCAGGGCUUUCCAGUGAGCAUGGCACCAGUGCCGUUGGGGAUGGGCCACCAGCAACUGGCAGGCAUGCAUGGGUCGGAAGGGAUGCGCAACAUGAUGCUGGGACUGGUCCCAGUGACCUCAGCCAUGGAGGUUCCAUCCGCUGGUCCUUCCAGUCAGGGAUUGCUGGGUGGCGAUGGUGAUAAGGCGAACAAAGUAAAGAAGAUAAGACCACCCGGGAGCUGUGCAUCCCUGGGCGUGUUGGGUGCGAAGGGCCAAAAGCGCCCCCGGAAAACGAAGAAGACCAAGACCCAGGCUUUGGAGGCUGGCAAACAUGCCCUUGAGCUGGUGAGUGGUGCUGAUGGUGGAGGUGCUGGCAAGAUGGCGAUGGAUGGGUCGAUUCGGGCGCAUGGAUCGCAGACUGCACUCCCAGCGGCCACCCCCAGGAAAGGGGAAUCAGAGGUGAAGACGGGGUCGUCAGCUGUGGAGGACAUGCAGAACAACGACAACCUGUCCAUUGCACAAAGACGGCCAAAACGAGUGCCUGGUGGUGACCCCUUGCAGAACGAGUCCGUCAGCCGACUGUGUGACCUGAUUCGGAACAACUUCACCGAGUUUGAAUCUCAAGGUCGUAUCUUGCGCCUGAAGCAGUACUUGAAGACAGAUGCAAGACCAAGCGUAAUCAACUUGGUGCUCGAGGCGCUCAAGGAGAACACAUUAGUGGAGGCACUGUACAUCCAGAAUUUUGAAUUGGGCAUGUACGAUGAGCAGCUGGAGCUGCUGACUGAUGUGCUGAAGCAGCGUCGGAUAUGGGCCCUAUAUGUAGGAGAGAACUUCCACACAAGUUUAGCGGCUUGGGAGGCCUUUGCGGACGAGCUUCCUCGCACUGAUGUCGCAUACUUGUAUGUCAGUGAGCACCACCUGGAGCACACCAACCUCAAGACCAAGAUGAGGGAUGCAAUACGAGCCAACCGCAAACGUGCCCCUCCAAGAGAUGCCGAGGUCAUAAGGAACAUCAAGAACAUGUGGUUCAACCCAAAGGUACUGGGUGCAAGCAGAGCCGACUGGAGGUUGCCUGACACACUGUCUGUGCAACAGGACUUGCCUUGGAACACGGGCUCUGAGGCUUCAGGCCCAGAGGAUGUCAGCGACUUCCUCCUGGAUGGGGAAGAUAUGGCCGGGGUGCAAGGCAGACCAAUGGCAAAGCUCGCAUUGCCAAAACAAGGAACGAAGGUAAAACGUCGGGGUCCAAAACUCCGGUCGAAGCGUCCACACAACAGGAAGGCAGCACUCCAGAAGCGGCAGGGGCAUCGGAAGUUGGGUGCAGUUGGCUUGCAGCCAGUCUCUGCGGCCGGACGUUUGCCAAUGGGUUCCUAUGCAAUGAAUGCGACAGCUGCACUUGGACCCAACAGACUGGGACACUGUGCCGAUUCGGAGUGUGCUGGAAGGGCUGUGCGUGCCAAGAGAGGGGCAGCAAGGAAAGAGAGUUGGUCUCGCGUGGUUGCCAACGGGAUGCGGUUGCGAUCGAGUGGAAGAAAGCGAGUUUGGCGAGUGAAGAGGGCCCCGAGCUCCACGUCCCUCGUUGCGGGCCCCAGUGCCAAACGGUGCUGUUUGCGCAACGCCAGAAUGUAUGCGGUCCAUGCGGCUGAGGCACCUGAGGAUCGGGUAGUUCUGGAACACACUAGCCAUCCCAAGAAUGAAGCUGGUGGGCGCGCCACGUUUGCCGACGUGGUAAACGCGAGGCUUAUAAAUCCAGGGCGAUACAAAUGGACGGUUGGACAAGACCAGUGUGUGGAGGUCAACAUCCAGGAUGAUGGUGCCAUUCUCUACAAGGGCACGGACUACUGCUCGAUAUCGAGUUUUGCGCUGUCG